CCACGGCUACAACGCCUGGAGGGACCCCAUGAAGCCCUCCCAGAUCCUGGCCAAGCUGUGCAAGGAAGGGAAGGUGGACGGGCCACACUUCGGGCCGGGAGGGAGAGUCAAAGUCGCCAACAGGGUCUUCACCGGCCCCACGGAGAUCGAGGAUGAGAACGGCCAGAAGAAGGCGUCGGACGAGCCGGUGGCGCUGGCGGCCCUGCGGCACUGGGAGGACGUUCCCCGCGCCGGCUGCCGCCUCGUCCCCGAGCACGUGGAGACGCGGCCGCUGCUCAACCCCGACAAGCCGGGCAUCGAGCAGGGCCGCCUGGAGAUGUGGGUGGACAUGUUCCCCAUGGACAUGCCAGCGCCCGGCCCCGCCAUCGACAUCUCUCCCAGGAAACCCAAGAAGUACGAGCUGCGGGUGAUCGUGUGGAACACGGACGAGGUCAUCCUGGAGGACGACGACUACUUCACGGGCGAGAAGUCCAGCGACAUCUUCGUCAGGGGGUGGCUGAAGGGGCAGCAGGAGGACAAGCAGGACACGGACGUCCACUACCACUCGCUCACCGGGGAGGGCAACUUCAACUGGAGGUACAUCUUCCCCUUCGACUACCUGAUGGCCGAGGAGAAGAUCGUCAUCUCCAAGAAGGAGUCCAUGUUCUCCUGGGACGAGACCGAGUACAAGAUCCCGGCCCGGCUCACCCUGCAGGUCUGGGACGCCGACCACUUCUCGGCCGAUGACUUCCUGG